AAGUUGAAGCAGAGAGGUCGGCUCCUCCGCGUGUGCUGAGUGUCGGUGCGCGUGCGGCCGUCGGGAUGCUAAAGGUCCUGCAGGUGUGCGUCCGCCGCCAGCUGUGGAGGAGCGCGUGUUCUUCUGCUGCGGGAGCGCAGAGGGGCUCUGUGGCCGCGGGGGGUCGCGGUCUGAGCCGGCCCGGGGUCCGGACCUGCACCGUAGACCCGAACCUGGAGGAGCAGUUCGUGUUUCUGGACUGCACAGAUGCAGAUGAGGACUCCAGUCAGGAGGAGAAAGAGCUCCUCCAUCAGCUGAGUGCCACCACCUCCUCCUCCUCCUCCGCUGCUGCGCCCCGAUCAUUGGUCGAUACUCAGUUGUCCCCGCAGAAACACCUGAGGUCUCUGGAGUGUCAGCUGCAGCUGUUGAGGGAUGGCGUCCUGAAGGAGCCGCAGGCAAAGCUGGACUCCCUGAUCCAGUUCCAUGAUGUGGACUUCCCGUUGGACGAGAGCAUCGUGGCUGCAAAGAAGAAAAAGAAGGCGUCUGUGGGGAAAGGCGAGCACAAGAUCUUCGGCACCCCCGACGUGGACGAGCCGGUCAGCGACACGUGCUGCUCAGGCUGCGGCGCCGUGCUGCACUGCACGGCCGCCGCUGUCCCUGGCUACCUGCCCAGUGAGAAAUACAAGGUGCUGGUCCAGGAGGGUCGUCUGAGCGGCGCCACCUGUCAGCGCUGCCACCUGCUCACCCACCACCACAAGGCCCUGAACCUGCAACUGACCAAAGACCAGUACCGGGACGUGGUGCGGCAGAUCCGCCCGCACAAGGCUCUGGUGCUGCUCAUCGUCGACCUACUCGACGUGCCGGACUCCAUCAUCCCUGACCUGCCUGAGCUGGUGGGACGCAACAAACACAUUGUUGUCCUUGGCAACAAGAUCGACCUGCUGCCCGGAGACUCGCCGAACUACAUGCAGCGACUCAAGCGGCAGCUCUCUCAGUACUGCAAGGACGCCGGCUUUGGCGAUCAGGUGACCGACGUCCACCUGAUCAGUGCUAAGACUGGGUACGGCAUAGAGGAGCUGAUCUCCAGUCUGCAGCGGUCCUGGAAGUACAAAGGCGAUGUGUACCUGGUGGGCAGCACCAAUGCCGGGAAGUCAACGCUCUUCAACACGCUGCUGGAGUCCGACUACUGCAAAUCCAGAGCCUCAAACGUCAUCCACAAGGCUACCAUCUCACCGUGGCCAGGUCUGCACCAGACUCCAUGUACAUUUUCCCCAAUUUAUCGUAUCUUUGUUUUCAUCCAGACACAGAGAAGUCCCAGAGCAUGA